AUGCAAUCAAUUGACGCUGCGCUUGCUGCUAUUAACGCUUUGAAGCCUAAUGAAAAACUUGUGUAUUCUCAAAUUGCAAAAAAAUAUGGUGUUGACCCAGGAACGCUGAGCCGCCGCCACCGAGGUAUUUCUCGCUCCAGACAAGCAGCUGCACAAAACCAGCAGGCAGUCCACCCACAACAUGAAGCUGAGCUUAUCGACUAUAUCGAUAGACUCACUAAGCGAGGCCUAGCACCCACACGGAGUAUCAUUCGAAAUAUCGCGUCGCAGCUAGCUCAGAAGCAGCUCGGAUAUCACUGGGUUGAUCGCUUUGUUCAUCGUAACUCGCAUCUCGUUAUA